GACCUAGUAGUCAAACAGUACGGAAAAGCAUAGCACUCGUCAUUUCGUAUCUGUGUACAUCUCAAUCGAACAGAGCAAACUGCAAUUAAAAAACAAACACUAGUCAGGCGCUGUCAAGUGGAGCUUCGAGAUUCAAAUUCUGUAACUGAAAACAAAGAAAAUGCAAGGAUUUAAGGCAGUAGCAUCGUUACUGAUUAGGCGCAGUAAAACAGAGCGUGCGCGCUUCAUCGCUCAUUCUCACAACAAAAACCUAUCCUCUAUUCCAAACAGUAAUUCUACCGAUGAUGAUGAUCUCGACAAACAAGUAUUAGUUGAAGGUAAAGCUUAUUCAAGGACCGCUAUUCUCAAUAGACCUUCUGCUCUUAAUGCUCUCAAUACUAAUAUGGUGCUUACUCUUCUAAUUUGUUCCUCGGAUUUUUCUUUUUCAAUUUUUGUUAGUUUUCUUAGAACACUCAGUUAUUGUUUUGAAUCUGUGAAGGGCAGUGGCAGGGCAUUUUGUGCAGGUGGAGACAUUGUUACUCUCUAUAAUUUGGUAAAAAAAGGGAAAUUGGAAGAUUGUAAAGAAUUUUUUAGGACACUGUAUACUUUCAUUUACAUACUAGGUACCUAUUUGAAGCCACAUGUGGCUAUUUUGGAUGGCAUUACAAUGGGUGGUGGAGCUGGGGUUUCAAUCCCCGGCACUUUCCGCAUUGCAACUGAUAAAACUGUUUUUGCUACCCCUGAAACUCUUAUUGGGUUCCACCCUGAUGCCGGUGCAUCCUUCCAUCUCUCCCAUCUACCUGGUCAUUUAGGAGAAUACUUGGCUCUCACUGGAGAAACUCUCAAUGGAGUGGAAAUGAUUGCUUGUGGUCUAGCUACACACUAUUCAUAUAGUGAAAGGCUUCAAUUAAUUGAUCAACAGCUUGGGCAGCUUGUUACCGAUGAUCCUUCUGUCAUUGAAGCAACUUUAGAAAAAUAUGGUGACCUUGUCCAUCCAGAUAAGAUGAGUGCACUUCACAGGAUUGAAACUGUUGAUAGAUGUUUCGGCUAUGACACUGUUGAAGAAAUUUUUGAAGCUUUGGAAAGUGAGGCUUCUGGAACCAACGAUGCAUUUUGCAAUUCCACUUUAAGAAGACUUAAAGAAGCAUCACCAUUGAGCUUGAAGGUUUCCUUAAGAUCUAUACGAGAAGGUAGAUUUCAAACACUUGAUCAAUGUCUGGUCCGUGAAUACCGAAUGUCUUUACAGGGAAUAUCUAAGCAGAUUUCUAAUGACUUUUAUGAGGGUGUUCGUGCACGAAUGGUGGACAGGGACUUGGCACCAAAGUGGAACCCACCUAGCUUGGAAAAAGUGUCAGAAGACAUGGUGGAACAUUAUUUCUCCCGGCUUAGUGAAAUGGAGCCUGAUCUAGAUCUUCCCACAGAACAGCGAGAAGCAUUCACCCAAUUACAAUAGCUGCAACAGGCAAGUCAUAGGAAAUUUAACCAACAGAUGACUUUGGAUAGUGCAAACAUUGUUUUAAUAAUAUUAUCAUUUGUUAUCAAUUAAAUUGAACUCUAUUACAAGCUAAAUAGAUAUCUAACAUGUAGGAAGUUUUAUUUAUCUC